CGGGGCGCGCCUGGUCUGUCCCGUUCACUCUGCUCUAGUCCUUGAAGCCCCGCUUUUCCCGUGAAGUCAGGUUGUAAAUAUCAAACACACCCGGUGGGCCAAAGCGCGGGGCGGAGAAGCAUCAACUCGUUUGUUUAUAUGAACGUAUUGAAGCUGUUUGUAGUUUAAAUAAUCAAGUUGAAACUACAGCCGGACCCGUUUACGGCACGUCGCGGAGCGCAGCGUGAGAGGACACAGCACACGUGUGUUUACAGCAGGGUAAGCUGACAUUUGAACUUACUAACCUGGUUAACUGGUGAAGUGGCAGAUUCACGGGCCGACUCGCUAACUGAACCGUUCGCUACGGACUGAAUGUCGUGGUUUAACCUGCUGAUCCGAUAAACCAGAGACAGUAGAUUGGAGAUGAUCAGUUACACCACGAAAGACGCGAGGACGUGAUCUGUACCUGAGACACGGAGCCCCGCAGCAACCCUCCACCUCACCUCCUCCUCCAGGUCCUGGUGAUGGAUGAGCCCCCCAGCAGAGAGAAGCCCCCGGCCUGUGGGGAGGAAGAGGAGGAGGAGGAGGACUCAUCUUCUUCUCAUGUUGUUGGCCUCAGUUUGUGUGACUCAGCCCCCCUGCUGUGGAGGGUGGAGGACCUGAAGACAGUCAGGUCCCAGGGUCUGGUGGGGGCUCUGCUGGGCUCACUGCCCCGGACCCCCCGACAGAACGGAAGAUUGGGAAGACCACUGUUACUGCUGCCAGAGGAGGAGAGACUGCUGACCGACCGCCACGCUGCUGCCACUUUACCUGCUGGUAACCAGCAGGAUAUAGGAGGGGUGGAGCUCCAUCAGCGGGUGGAACAGUACGAGGAGGAGCAGCAGAGGAGUUAUGAGGAGCAGAGUGUCCUUGCUCUGGAGGACAGGAAGUCAGCUCUGCUCCGAGCCAUGACCUCAUCACACACAGGUUCAGAUUCUACACCCGGGACCUCAGAUGAGGCCCUGCAGGGCCGUCUGGAGUCCCUAGAGCGGAGCUUUGUCUUCCCUCGGUCAGCGCUGGCAGUGCAGCUGAGCACAGUGAGGGCGGGGCUGACCUACUGCCUUGAGGACAGGGCCUUCCUGCAGGCUGACUGGCCAAUCAGAGUGCAGGGCGACACACGCUCUGCCGUCAGGUACCAGGUGUUCAGAGACCUGAGGAGUCGGGGCUUCUUCCUGACCUCAGCAGGGAAGUUUGGAGGAGACUUCCUCGUAUAUCCAGGCGACCCUCUUCGUUUCCACGCUCACUUCAUCGCCGUCUGUCUGUCCCUGGAUGAGUCCAUCUGUCUGCUAGACGUCCUCGCUGUGGCUCGUCUGGGAUCCAAUGUGAAGAAGACUGUCCUGCUCUGCUCCCCGGGGACAGACGGAGGAGUGCUGUACACCUCAUUACAGUGGAGCGGAAUGGUCUGAAGAACUGAGAGCUGGUCCGGCGAUGGCAGGAACUGGAGCAUCGAACACGGAUUCAGAUGUGGAGUAAGGGUAGGAGGUUGUUGUUUGUUCCAACCCCUGGUCCUCAGGCCUUGGUUUAGGAACCACAAACUCAGAUCAGAGGUGGUUAAUAGGUUUGAGACCCUGGAACCGACAGGAAGUGACUGUGAAACCCAGAGGGCAAACCAGGCAACAUGGAUGCUGUGAACAAUGAAUCUGCUUAUUUCUUGGAGGUUUUUGUUUUGUACUGAACAGCAGAGUUGUGCUCUAAUGAACAGAGAAGUGAGAAGAUUUGGUUCCAACAGGGGCCCAUGGUUUAUUUUUGCCUGACACAAAAGAACAGUUUGAAGUGGCAGGGGAAACACUCUGAGAAUGAAGUGGAAAUACUGUGAGCUGAAAUCAGCUGAUGAGCAGAGAGAUGGAGGGAAAACAGCAUUUAGACUUCAGAGGUGUGAAAUCAUUAAUACGAUCGUGCAGACGACAGUGUGGACGCAGCGUGUCCACCAGGGGGCAGAACCACGUCACACAAACACGUUUGGUUCACGACUUCCAGAAAUAAAGUUCUGCCUGAGCCAGCGUCUGAAAACCGAGUCGUCAGUUUCUGUUUGGUCUGAAGGUGUCACAGAAAGUCGUGUGUUUCAUGUGUGAGGUAA